AAAAGAUACUGUCGCACUGCUUUCUUUCUGCAGUCAGAUUUAAAAAAGCAUUAGAUUAAAUUUGACAACCCAAACAAAAAAAGAUAAAAUUAAAUUAAUGGCUGAAGAAAAAUACACGAAGAAAGGGAAAGUUGAUUGAGCAAUUCCCACCCAAAUCCUCACUGCAAACUGUGAAGAGUUCUGAGUAGUUCAGUUCCUCUCCACGUUUCUCCUGCCAUAAUUUGCAGACUUGCAAGUUCUUCUUGAAAAUUAGACCUCUUUUUGAUCUUAUCUCCCUUUCCCCGUCACCCUUUUUUCUGUUUGGUUUGCUGAGAAAGCCAUGAGAAAAUCCCGUCUCUUUCUCGCUUUCUUGACCCUUGUGGUCUCCUAUCUUCUCCAAUUUCAAGCUCAUGCUGCACCUGCAGGACCUUUGAUAAAGCACUUGUCUUCUCUUCUGAGAUGGACCAGGUCCUCCUCCAAAACCCCCCAAUCAGAUGGGAAUGUUCUCCAGUUUGAGAAUGGUUAUUUAGUUGAAACUGUUGUGGAAGGAAACGAGCUUGGUGUUGUACCUUACUCUAUCCGCCUCUCGCAGGAUGGUGAACUGUUUGCCGUUGAUGCCAUUAGCAGCAACAUUGUUCGGAUUACACCUCCAUUGUCCCAAUAUAGUAGGGCAAGAUUGGUUGCUGGGUCAUUUCAAGGUUACAAGGGACAUGUGGAUGGAAAACCAAGCGAUGCUCGCUUUAAUCAGCCUAAAGGUGUAACCAUGGAUGAUAGAGGGAAUGUGUAUGUUGCUGAUACCUCAAAUCUUGCGAUCAGAAAGAUAGGAGAAGGGGGUGUAACGACAAUUGCUGGAGGGAAAUCAAAUGUUGCAGGGUACAGAGAUGGGCCAAGUGAGCAUGCAAUGUUCUCAACUGAUUUUGAUGUCAUAUAUGUUCAGCCUACCUGUUCAUUAUUGGUUGUUGAUAGAGGAAAUGCUGCUCUUCGACAAAUUUCUCUCAAUCAAGAGGAUUGCGAUUACCAGUACAGUUCAAUUUCUGCCACAGAUGUCAUUAUGGUUAUUGGUGCUGUGUUGGUGGGAUACGCUUUCUGCAUGCUUCAGCAGGGAUAUGGACCUUCUUUUUUCUCAAGGACGCCUCAGCAGCCUUCGGAGAGUGAAUUUCAAGACCAACCAAGCAAGGAGAAACCUCCUCCUAUUGUUGAGAAUGUAAAAGAGGAGCCAGAUGCAUCAUGGCCAUCAUUCGGACAGCUUAUCUUGGAUUUGUCCAAACUAGCCCUGGAAGCAUUGGGUAGCAUCUUUCUUUAUUUCGUCCCCAUUCGUUUCAAACCAAGGAGCUCCAAGAAAGGCCUCACUCCACUAAAAGACACCCUUAGGAUGCCUGAAGAUGAAGCUGAACCCCCAUUAGUUCAAAAGCAGAGAACCCCUGCUCCUCUUUCUGAAACCCGGGAGGCUCAUGCCCCAAAUGUUGGCGAUAAAUAUUCAGAAAUCAAGCCCCCAAAGAUGAAAUCCUCAAGUUCCAAGGAUCCCUCUUUGCCAAGCAAGCACCGGUCUUCAAGACGGCACGAAUUUGCAGAAUUCUAUGGAACUGGUGAGGUUCCUCCUCCCUAUGGCCAAUCCAGGUCAAAGAGCCAGAAAGAAAGAUCACGGCACCGCCAGCGGGAUAAAAGCGGGGAAGUGGUUUUUGGUGCAGCUGGGUCAGAGCCAAAACCUGUUGAGAUGAAGGCGGUGGGUUAUGAUGAUCCAAAGUUUGAUCAUUACAAUAUGAGGAGCAAGUAUCGAUCCAAUGACUCCUUCAACUUUUGAUUAGAUUUCAAUUUCACUUCCUUUGCUCCAGUAUCAAAUCGGGCUUGGUUCUUUUUCUUGUAUCAGUUUUUGAGCAAGUGUAUAAUCCAUCCAGUGCUGGAAAUCUGGCAGCAAAAGCGUAUGUCUAAAUAGAAUGGUUCAGUGUCCAGGAAUGUAGACUGGACUGCCUUUGAUCCAUAGCAUAGUUGUCAAGAAAUUCAGUGCAGGUAGAUGGGCAUGCUCUGUUCUCUGAUAUUUCAAACCUACUCACUCUUCAUUUUUAAGAUUUGAGUAUGUGACCUGGAACAUGGUUCUGGUGUCACUAUUGAGCAGCUCACUAGGGGUUACGGUCCUGGUACGUAUGCAAGUCUUUUUAGGUCACAAAUGUCUCCCUUUUAAAGAUCAUAAGUACCUGGUUUAUAAUAAUAAUAAUAAUAAUAAGUAUUGAUAAGCA